AAUUAAGGGCAAAUAAAGUUGAUUUUUGAUGAGGCAUUUGAUGGAAGGAGAAGCGUUGAACUUGAUAAUGGUAUGGACAACAGCGGCAGCAACAGUAUGCUACUGCCGUGCGAUCGGAAACUUCAUCCCAAAGGGAGGGUCUUCAAGAUUCGCCGCCAUAUUCCCCGCCAUAGUGAUCCUCCUCCUCCUCCCUCUCCGACUCACCUCCGUCCACCUCGGUGGCCCCACAGCCUUCAUCCUCUCCUGGCUCACCACCUUCAAGCUCCUCCUCUUCUCCUUCGGAAAGGGUCCCCUCCACCACCUCCUCCCCCUCCGCCAGUUCGUCCCCCUCUCCCUCCUCCCUAUCAAAUUACAAAACUACCCUCCUGAAAUUCAAAGACCAUCCCUCAACUACGCUUUCCCCACAGCGAUUGUGGUGUUAGCCACUCUCAUCCCUCUCUAUACUGCCAAACAGAGUCUUCAUCCAAAGUUCGUGUUGUUCUUGUACAGUCUCCACAUGUACAUUGGUCUCGAGUUCAUCUUCUUCGUCUUCUCCUUCUUCACACGGAAGCUUCUCGGUGUUCAGCUGGAGCCGCAGUUCGACCAGCCUUACUUGUCCACGUCGUUGCAGGAUUUCUGGGGGAGAAGGUGGAACAUCGUGGUCCACAAAGUCUUGCAGCCCACGGUGUACCAGCCCGUCGUGACUGCCGCCACCCGUCUCCUUGGAACGAGGUGGGCCCCGCUCCCCGCAAUACUCGCCACUUUUGCGGUGUCUGCCGCCAUGCACGAGCUCGUGUUCUAUUACAUCAAGCGUGAGAGGCGCGGCGCGUGGGAACCGUGGGAGCCAUCGUGGGAUGCCAUUUGUUUCUUUAUGCUUCACGGGACUUGUUUGGCUUUUGAGGUGGCAGUGAAGAAGUGGCUGAGGGCGAGGGGGAGCAAGUGGCGUCUGCCGGGAAUGGUGUCGUGGAUUCUGACAGUGGCGUUUGUGUACGAGACAGCGUUGCGGCUGUUUUUUCCGGCGCUGGCAAGGUGCCGGGUUUAUGAAAAGGCCACGAGGGAGCUGAAUGCGGUGAUGGAGUUUGGGAAGGAAGUUUAUGGCGUUUUGAGGUUUGCUUGUUUUCACGUGACUAGAAAUGAAGAAUGAGAUUUGGGAGAACCCUUCAGUUCCUACUUAGUACAUUUGUUUGAUUGGAAACUCGAGCGUAUUUUGGACAUGCAGUUGAGGAUCUGCAUAGAUUUUAUUGAAUUUAUCGGAGGAAUCAUUUUAGAUCCUUCAAUUCGUUGUCUCUAAUUUUAGAUUUUGUUCAAGACAUUUGUUAAAAAAAUUCACAAAUGCAAUAAAACCUUUUUUUUGUUA